AUGCCAAGUCAUGGAGGCAGAAGCUUGGGGGUCCUGUAUGGCCUCCGAAUAGCUAGAGAGUGUGGGGUGACAAAGCUUCUAGUUGAAAGUGAUUCCAAAACGCUUAUAGAUGCUCUGCGUGGAGAAGCUAGUGAACAAGAGUCAGGCUGUAAUAUCAUCUGGAGAUGUUUGAGAGAAGCUGAAAUAAUGCAGGAGUUAAGUUUCGUGCAUGUCCUUCGAGAGGGUAACAAGGUUGUAGAUUUUUUAGCAAGGGAGGCCUUCACUCACCAGGUGGGUUUUCGAGCCUUAACAGAAGCACCAGAUGAGGCUCAGGAACUCAUUCGGCAUGAUCAAAUGGGUGCAGCUUUCGUCAGAUACAUGUGA